AUGGAAGAUACGCCGGGGAUUCGCGAGCCCCGGGCCCGGCCGCGAGAGCGGGACCCAGAUCGGCACCCAGACCGGCACCCCCGCCGGGACCGAACCCGCCACCCCGAGCGGCCGCGGGACAGACCCGGGGAGCGGCGCCGGGAGAGAGACGGGGGCGGGCGGAGGGACGGGGGCCGGGCCGGGGGGAGGGACCGGGACCCCCGCCAGGACGCCCACGGGCUCGGAGACUACCGCGCCGAGGCGCCGAGAGUUUGGGAAGAAUCCCGCCCCGGCCGGCCGCGGGGCGCACCCCGGAGGCCCACCUGGGACGCGGCCCCGCCCCCCUGGCCCGCGCCCUGGGACGCCCCGGGGCCGCCGCCCUCCAGGAAGGAAGAAUCGGGGCGCCGCGCCCCGCAAAGUGAAUUCACUGUGGGGAGAUACCUGCCGCCGAAUGCCUGGCCUGGAGAAGAAGUGGAAUGUUACCAGUCAGAGGCUGAAGGACUCCUGGAAUGCCAUAAAUGCAGAUAUUUGUGCACUGGCAGAGGUGUGGUACAGAUAGUGGAGGUGAUACUGAAUGGGAUGGUUCUUAUGUGUAUCGUGGCCUCCUACUUUGUCCUUGCUGGAUUCAGUGCCAGCUUUACCAGCGGUGGCGGCUUUGGGAACAACUAUUACUCACCAUUUGAGGGCACGGAGCUGGAGCAGGUUCGGCAGCUGGACCAGAAGUACACGGUGCUCCGGGCCCCCCUGAUAUACGGCGGUGUGGCGGUUUCUCUGGGGCUGGGUGUCCUCACCAUGGGUGUUUUACUCCAAGGAGCCAAGAGUCCCACCAGACUACCAAGCAAGUGGCUGCUCCUGGAGGUGGCUUUCAGCCUCCUGGCAGCAGUGGGCUACUGCAUAGGCAUUGGCUGUUACCUGCAUGGAGCACUGCAGAUCAAUUCCACAGACACUUGCAAAGCCAGAGAGAGGCUCUAUGCCCGCAAGGGUCUCACCUGGAUGAACUGCCAGCUGGCGGGCACUGAUGGAGCGGCGGCCACCUUUGCUUGUCUUCUGGUGAUCAUGUACAGUGCCAGCGUGGUGCUGGCCCUGCGGAGCUACAGAGAACAGAAGCAUUACAAAGACAGCCAAGAACAGCACCAAAGUUACAGUGGUGCUCCAGAAUACCUAUGGUCUGGAACGCUCUGAGAUUGUCUUCCGGGACUGAAAUGUCAACCCAUCUCCCUUGCUUCUCUCAAAAUGAUGGAUCCUUUUAAAUCACGUGAGACAAGUGGGUUUCACAUACUUGAUUUUUAAGUGUUCUCUCUGGUAUGAAGGUACAGAUGACUGAUUUUUCCAUCAGUCUUUGCUGGCUGGAGUUUGGGAAAAGUAUCUCUGCUUUUGGUAUAAAGAACAAAAUCAGAAGUUUGGGAAUGCCCUUAGAGGAUUGCUUUUUUAUCAAGUGGUAAAGCAAUCAUGAUAAUAGCUAAGUAGCCAGGGAGAUUCUGAAAGAUGAGAACUACUCAUCAGGGGUGCAGACCCAGUGUUCUAGCAGAAACAUCUUACCUGUCACACCUACUUAGUUGCCAAAAGAAGUAUGUCAUUGCCUCCUGUAUUUGGUCCCAUUAGUGUAAUUUCAAAGCAGUUGUGUCUGAAUUCUGAACGAGUCAAUACAUUCCCUUUCCUAGAGGGAAACUAUUCUGUCCAUUUGCAGUGGACUGUGACCAGGACAUGGGUCCCCAGAGGCCUUUUUCCAUUAGAGUGGGGAGGCUGGUUCCUGAUCCACAGACACAUGCUUAGCAUACAUGUUCCUCCCUGGGAUUCCUGCAGGAGGGCAGAGAGAAAAUGGUUUUUGCCAGCAUUUGUAGUUAGUAUUUUUCUUGUGGCAAGUCACACAAUUGGAAUUCACUUUCUUGUAAUAUUUUUUAAAAGGAGGCUUCCAGACAGGGCAAACUACAAUUCAUAAACUUCUUAAACAUGUUACUCAAGUGAUUUCAAAGACAAAGCAGUUAAUUUUACGACUAUGAAGGCUUAACUGAGGCGACUUCAUUUCUGCAUUCCCUGACAGGGCUUCAAAAGUAGACUGUAAUCUCUCUAACCUUAAUUAUUUUUAUAAUGUAACAGAUC